GCCACCACAGGUGUGCCGUCAUCUUGAACGUUACAUUGUUGUCCGCUGGCAGCAAACUAUCAGAGCAUGGUUCGUUAGUAUAUAUAUCUUUGUUCGACAUCAAGCAAGGAGUCACAACCUCCCAUUAUCUCACCACCCAGCACAUUCUACGAAAAAACAGACCACAAAAACACCAACUCUAAAUGUCGUAUAGACCACCGCCAGGGCCUCCACCAGGCUAUCAAGAAAGAAAUGAUGCAAGCACGUCUUAUAAACCGCCACCUGGCCCUCCACCAGGCUUUAAGGAGAUAAAUGACCCAGAGCCGCCACCUUAUCACAACUGGCAAGAGGUAGUCCCAGACACAUCAACACUGCCGCCUCCACCAACAAUCUCCUUACCCUUUUCAGAGACUGGCAAUGCUUCGGAGGAUGAUGCGGGUCGUGCUCAUGCAUUUUGUGAUACGAUACCAUUAUGGAAGCCCGCCGUGCCGCCUGAAUCUGUCUACAACAAGACCCUGCAAGGUGACAUCCACCCAGCACGACCAGCAGAAUUCCGUGGUAAUCUGCAAGUCCCUGUUACUGGAAAGUGGAUAGUCCAGAGCGCCAAAAACUGUCCCGACUGUGUGAUCAUAUCGAUUCUUCCACUCUAUUACGCCAUGCGAGAUUCACCGCUGCGCACAGAGAAAAGCAAAACUAUAUACUUUGAAGUCAAAAUCACACGUCUGCAUCAACCACCACAUGGAGAUGCCAGCGGGCUUUCCAUAGGCUUUCUGGCGCAGCCGUACCCAAGCUGGCGCUCGCCAGGAUGGGAACGAGGCAGCGUCGGCGUCUUCUCUGAUGAUGGGUGCCGAUUCGUAAAUAAUUCGUUUGGCGGAACGCCGUUCACCGCGCCGUUCAAAGUUGGAGAGACCGUGGGGUUGGGCAUGACCAUAAGCCUGCCUACCGGCCAGCAGGAGCCGAUUGUGGGACCGAAUGUGAGGAUAUUCUUUACCAGGAAUGGAGGUGAUGCUGGGAGCUGGGAUUUACAUGAAGAGCUGGAUGUCGAUUCUGGAGAUGUGGAGGGGCUCGAGGGUGAUUUUGAUCUGUAUGGCGCUGUUGGGAUAUUCGGUGGUGUCGAGUUUGAGGCUUGCUUUGAGAGGAAUGGGUGGUUGUGGAAUCCGUUUUCUAAUAUACAGUAAAUUAUACUAGCUAGCCAUCUCACUGGUAAGAGCUUAUAACAGGCUCGAUGUUGACAGAAUGACA